GAACCCCUCCGCAUGAACACUUCGAACAUUAUUUACUGCGUGCACGGAGGUCUCGUCGAUGCCGAUGCGCAAGCGUGCGCUGUAGCUCGACAGAAGUGGCACGACAAUCGAGCUAGCUACACGUUGAUCGUGACACGGGUUGAGCACUUCAUUAGCAUGGACACCGGCGUAAGGCUACCAAGAAGCGCGAAAUGAAGACACCGAUGCAGUUUCCGUCGCCAUGGGUCGAAAUCCCCCGAAAAUUACUGCAAGGUAAGGAUGAGGAAGACGAAUGGACUUUGGAGGCAUUAUUUCUUUCCUCACCGCCGGCAAUGAUCAAAGUCUUCGGUCUUGACGGUGCCUUUAACGAUGUCAUCAACACGCCUUCCAAGAAUCCUGCUCGCCGCCUCCAGGACUCCUCUCGGUAAUCCGACAGCGUAUCCGCUCAACGCAGCGCUUCACUUCGGCGCUUCAAUCUGUCCAAGUUCGUUAUGCCUGCCGCUAUCGAGAUCAACGACGAGGAGGACAGUAGGGACUACGAGGAGAAUAAUGAGGACUUCGAGGAGGAAGAGGAGAGGAGGCGUCUGAAGAGACACUUCGCUGAAGUGGUCCACCAUAUCUACAACACAUUAGCUGCUCCAGGUAAUCAAAAGGUCACACGAGAACGUCACCG